AUGUCUCAAUAUGAUCGAUGUUCAUCAAAUAGUGCGUGUGCAUGCUAUCAUAUAGCAGGCGCUAUUGAUAUUGGUAUCUGUGUCGAUGUAUUCGUCGAUUGUUCUGAGCUAGUUACAUGUGGAGACUUAGACAAAACUUGUUACGAACCUAACCAUAGAUGUGUUCGUCAUCCUCGUUGUCAUAAUCGUCCUGUUUGUUAUCCAGUGCCAAGUUUCAAUCAGAGACUCUGCCCACUAAUACCAACGACGAAUAGUACAACGACAGAUACAAUUGCAAAUGCGACAGCAACUACAACCACAACUACAAUUACAAGCGCAACCACUACACAAAAACCAUUUCAUCCAUUACGUGGAAGUGCCAUUGACAUUCAUCCAAAUGCUUGCUGGAAACAAAAUGGUAUUACAGUAGCUGGAAGAAAGGAAAAUGGCUAUGGAACCGAUCAACUCAAUAAUCCAUGGGGUUUGUUUGUGGAUGAUGAACAAACAGUCUAUGUUGCUGAUCCCAACAAUCAUCGUAUUAUGGAAUGGAAAAGAGAUGUGACGAAUGGCCAAGUGGUUGCCGGUGGAAACGGACAAGGAAGUAGAGAUCAUCAAUUGUCUUACCCAUAUGAUGUGAUUGUUGACAAAGAGACAGAUAGUCUCAUCAUAUGCGAUGGUUGGAAUAACAGAGUGGUUCGAUGGCCUCGUCGAAAUGGAACAAAUGGAGAAAUAAUCAUCUCCAACAUCACUUGUGUAGCUUUGACAAUGGACGAGAAUGGAUCUCUCUAUGUCGUUGACAAAGAAAAACAUGAAGUGAGACGAUAUCGAAGAGGAGAAUCGGAAGGAACAGUAGUUGCAGGUGGCAAUGGAAGUGGAAAUCGUCUCGAUCAACUCGAUGAGCCAACAUACGUAUUCGUCGAUCGAGAUCAUUCAGUGUACGUAUCUGAUUGGAACAAUCACCGUGUGAUGAAAUGGUCGAAAGAUGCAACACAAGUCAUUAUUGUGGCUGGCGGCCAAGGACGAGGAAAUGAUCAUACACAAUUGUCAUAUGCUCGAGGAUUCGUUGUCGAUCAAUUAGGCACUGUCUAUGUGGCUGAUGCAGGAAAUGAUCGAAUCAUGCGUUGGCCCAAAGGAGCCACACAAGGAAGUGUCAUUAUUGGUGGAAAUGGCCAAGGAGGAGAAUCGAAUCAACUCAAUUGGCCCUUUGGUUUAUCAUUCGAUCGACACGGCAAUCUCUAUGUCGUCGAUCGCUAUAAUCAUCGAGUGCAAAAAUUUAACAUUGCCUCAAAUGCUUAA